AUGGGAGCGAGCGAGGGGAGUGUUAAAGGGCCACGGCCGUUUCUGAUUGUUGGCUGGGGGCCGCGCCGCGCGGGUAGCUCCCGGGCCGGCGCGGAGGGAGUUAACGCAGCCGCGGCCCCGCCCCGCCCAUUGCGCGUGCGCACUGGGCUCGCAGCCUCUGACCCACGCUGCUGCGCUCGUGGGGCGGCAGGCAGUGCGGGCAGUGCGGGCAGUGCGGGCAGUGCGGGCAGUGCGGGCAGUGCGGGCAGUGCGGGCAGUGCGGGCAGUGCGGGCAGUGCGGGCAGUGCGGGCGCGGCGGCCUCUAGCUGCAGACCGUGGGGGCGGCAGACCGUGGGGCCCGCAGGGCGCAGGGGGACGGGCAGGUGCAGGGACUGGCUGGUGAGAUUAAAAACGACGCGAGGUGUACGGAGUGACGGUGCAGACCCCGCUUCUGCGCCAGCGGGGCUCGGCAGGGUCCCCAGCCUAGAUAGGGGCCAGUGCGGCCAUCGCCAACUGGGAGCGAAAGGCAGGGUAGAAGACAAGAUGCGAAGCGGGAAGCGCCUCCGAGGAGGUGACGCUGCAGCUGGGACCGGAGGGCUGGGCCCUCCUGCUGUUCCUGCUUCCUGCCAUUCCAUCCGGAGCCUCAGGGACACCUUGACCCCAGGAAAGGACCUUGAGAGGGAGCCUCCACCUGGACACAGCAGGCAGAUGGAAUCUGACUCCCUGAGGCCUUGAUGGUGACACAACGCCCAGACCCUCCUUCUCUGGACUUUGUACUUGGCAGAGAAAUAAACGCCUGUCUGUAAACUGCUGGGGCUGGGCCUUCUGGUGUGUGCGGUUAGCCGGCUGGAGCCUUCCCUCCACAGGAGCUGUUUCUGUGGCCGGGGGUGGGGUCCCCUGGACCCGCGGCAGCGGACCUGUGUACUGCUGCCUGGCAUUCUUCCCCAGGGGGGAGCAGUGGAGGGGCUCGGCCUGAGGCCCAGGCCUGGGCCCAGCAGGAUCUGCCCCUUCCUCUCUUGUCAGGCCACGUUCUGAGUGGCACUGUCAUGCUUAGGGACAGGCCACUGUGUUUCGGUUGAGCCACACCAUUGGAUGGGGCCAGAUUUUACACAGACCUCCUCAGCCCUCGCGUGGGUGUCAGGCCCCUUGGGAGUGUCGUCACCAUCCCCCUGCCCCCAAGGCCCCAGGGCCUGGAGGAGAGGGAUGGGCUGGGGAUGGGGGAUGAAGCAGGUCAGCUCUCCUGUUGGGGUGUCUGUCUGUGGUUCCUUCCCCAUCUUGGGGCCCGGAGCUGUCUCAGCUCAAACCAAACCAGCUAGGCUCGGGGAGAAGAGGGUUCAGGCCGCACUCCUGGCUCCUCAAGGAUUCUCAGCUCCUGUGCUGGGUGUCCAGCAGCCUUGCAGAUGAUCUGGCGAUGCCCCUUCCAGCAGGACUCCUGGGGUCCCUCCUGCCUGGCUGCAGUGCUCCACACUCAUCCCACAGACACCCUGGGCCCUGCGGGCUCUCACCGACUGUGCGGCACACCGGCCCCUCUGGUCCCCACUGCAGUAGCUCAGCCCUGCCCUGCCCUCUCUCCAGCCACUGGUGGUCUUCUGAAGAAGGGUCUGAUCAGGACCACGGCCACUUUCAUCCUGCCUGUCUCCACAGCCCUCUCUCCUCCUUGUCCUGUCACAUGAAGCACCUCUCUCUGGAUCAGUGCAAUCUGAUUUCAGGGUGGGUGUGCCUCGCAUAUGCUGUUCCUUCAGUCUUGAAUGCCUUUCCUCAUGCCCUCAAAGGAAAGAAAAAGCCAGAUUUCUAAAUCUGUAACACAUAGGCUGAAAAGAGAGCUCAGGCCAUGGAGCAGUAGGGCCACUGGCUCUACCCCUCCUCCAACCGCCCGGCCAACCCCAGCAACCCUGCAUCAGCCCAAGCCCGCCUCCCAGAAGCCGCUUCCCGUGGGGCACAUUUAGGGCCACAACCACCCGAGUUUACGUUUUAUAACGUGGAACUAAAGGAUGAGGGUGUAAGGAAUUCUAAGGGGAAGAGAAAGCUACUGGAGACUUUGCAGCGUUCCUAAGCGUGGGGAGGUUGAUAAAAAUGCACGAGAUUGUCCUAAAGGAUCAAAGUGAUGCAACAAGUCUCUAAAACUAUGAAUUCUAAAGGAAUACAGAAAGAGAUUCAAACCGUGGAAAUUUAGGAAACUAAGAAAUGGGGCGCCUGGGUGGCUCAGUCGUUAAGUGUCUGCCUUCAGCUCAUGUCAUGGUCCCAGGGUCCUGGGAUUGAGCCCCGCAUGGGUCUCCCUUCUCUGUGG